AUGUACGUGCAUCAGCAGGACUGGUCGGCAGCCGGACGCAUAGCACAAGCUCACGACCCUGACAGCCUGAAUGAUGUGUUGAUCGGCCAGGCGCGUCUUGCCUUCGCCGAGAAGGCCUACAAUCAGGCCGAGGCGUUGUUGCUACGCGCCCAACGACCCGAUAUGGCGGUUCGUGCCUAUCGUGAAGCUGGGCUCUGGGAGGAGGCGAUGAGGGUAGCCCGUGAGUACCUGCCCAGCCGGGUCCAAGCCUUGAAGGAAGAAUAUGAAGAGGAAAAACUCCAUGGCAAGGUCGACCAUCUCGACGAACCUCGAUUUAGCACAGAUACAGAUGAUCGCUAUGGUCGUCGGCUUCAACCGGGUAACGAGACUUUUCUCUUGAUGAUACCUGUGACUUUAAUGACAUGCUUGAUCAAACCGGAUAUUUGA